AAUAUAAAAAUACGAUUGAUAAAAUUUUACUCAUUCAGUUUCAAACAACCAGUAUCUAGUAGUAAUGGCAGACAAAAGUUGUGAUAAAAUUCUUAAGGGCCGCAAAGGUAACUCCGGUAUUCCGGAACUGCCCGUAGGACAGCUCCUGUUCCAAGCCCUCAAAAAUGCCCCAAAACAUAGCAUUGCUCAGGUCAAUGGUAAUACUGGUGCUACAAUAACAUUUGAACAAUUUUAUAAGGAAAGCGUUAAACUUGCUAUUGCCUUAAAAAAGAUCGGCGUACAGAAAGGGGACGUGGUGUCAAUCGUCAGUGAAAAUUUGAUUAACUAUUGGAUUCCCGUACUUGCUUCAGCCUAUCUGGGGGCUACUGUGAACCCCCUUAAUCCUAUAUAUAGUGAAGGUGAAAUGAGAAGAGCUCUGGACCAAUCGAGGCCAACAGUAAUAUUUUGUUCGGAAAAUGCGAAAGACGCAGUUGUCGGCCUUUAUGAGCAACUCAUUUACGUGAAGAGGGUUAUUACUUUCAGUGAAACCACCCCUUUCACAGACUCGAAAACAUCCUUACAAUUUUUCAAUGGUGUUGAAAAUGACAUUGACUCAUUCGUUCCAACCAAAGUCAGCAUGGACGACACUGCUUUUAUCCUUUGUUCGUCGGGAACGACAGGAUUCCCCAAAGGAGUCAUGUUGACCCAUAGGAGCCCCCGCCAUUACUUAGCAUGUAUGAGUGAUCCUCUAUUUGGAACCAUGUCCAAGGACUGUGUACGAUUGAUAUGUCUCCCUCUUUACCACUUGAUAGGGUGCAUGCAGCAAGUACUUUCAUUGUACUGUCAAUCGCUUUCUGUUGUUCUAUCUAAAUUUAAACCUGACGUAUUUUUACGAUGUAUACAAGAAUACAGGGUGAACCGUAUGCUAGUGGUUCCGACCCUCUGUAUAUUUCUCAGCAACAGCCCCUUGGUGGAUAAGUAUGAUAUCAGCAGUCUUGAGGAGAUAAGCUGGGGAGGAGCUUCGAUGUGCAAAGACAUUGAAGCAAUCGUUAAAAAAAGAUUAAAUUUAAAACAAGUCCGUCAAGCUUAUGGAACUACAGAGGUUGGUUCUGCGUGCACCAUACAAGUAGACCUCAAUAAAUCUGGAAGCGCCGGUUGCUUAUGCUACGAUUUCAUGGGAAAAGUGUGUGACCCCGAAAAGGACACCCUCUUGGGACCUGGAAAAGUCGGCGAGCUCAGGUUCAAAGGUCCUUCGGUUAUGAAGGGAUACAUUAGAAAUCCCGAAGCGACUGCCGAAUCCUUUGACGCCGACGGAUUUUUAAAAACUGGAGACGCUGGCUAUUACGACGAAGAUGGAUAUUUCUAUAUCGUGGACAGAUUUAAAGAACUUAUUAAAUACAAAGCAUUUCAGGUACCCCCUGCAGAAAUUGAAGCUAUUUUAUUAACCCAUCCGGCAGUUAAAGAAGCGGCUGUAGUACCAAAGCCAGACGAGAGAGCUGGGGAAGUCCCUAUAGCAUUUGUCGUAAAACAAGAUGGUAAAAACGUAACAGAAAAAGAACUAGUCGACUUAGUAGCUGAAAAAGUAUCUAUCCAGAAAAGAUUAUAUGGAGGAGUUAUUUUUACGAGUGAACUUCCAAAAAAUAAUACCGGAAAAAUACUACGACGAAACCUAAAAGAAAUAGCAAAAACCUAUAGUAUUUAGAAGAAAUGUUUUUUUUUUUUUUAUCAAAAUAGCUUAU